CGUGUGUCGACCUCAAGAGACGACGAUAUCGUAGUGCCACUCACGAGAGACGAUGACGUAUGACGUAGAUCAACAUGACAUUAUAGUCCUGGUGGCACUUUAGAAGAGACUCGAUCAUGCAAGAUGGAGUCAUCUGAUCAGCUCUAUGAUACUCAUAAGGACAGCGUCUCCCAUAAUUCCUGUUCCACUUCCUCGAGUACUAUUUUAACAACGUCUCAGCCAAUCAGCAGAGUCAUCAACAGCACACCGAUCUUGAAUGUCGCUAGUGCUGCCAUCAGACGAAAAAAGUUUCAAUGUAGAAUGUGUCCGCAGAUAUUUGGUUCCAAGGUGGAUUUACAGUUUCAUACUCACAUUCAUAUGCGCGAGCCCAAACCUUAUAAGUGCUCCCGGUGCUCCAAGGCCUUCGCCAAUUCUUCCUAUUUGUCUCAGCAUACCCGGAUCCAUCUUGGUAUCAAACCUUACCGCUGCGAGCUUUGUCAGCGAAAAUUUACCCAGUUGUCUCAUUUGCAGCAACACAUCCGGACUCACACCGGUGACAAACCGUAUAAAUGUCGUCACCCUGAUUGUAAUAGGGCCUUCAGUCAACUCUCCAAUCUUCAGUCUCACUCUCGCGGCCACCAGAAAGACAGGCCCUACAAGUGUCACAGCUGUUACAAGUGUUUCGCCACUGAAGACAGCCUGUUGGAGCAUAUCCCUAGACACAAAGAAUCCAAACAUUUGAAGAUCCAUAUCUGUAUGCAUUGUGGGAAAUCCUACACGCAAGAGAGCUUUCUUUCCAAACACAUGCAAAAGCACACUAGUUGUUCGAAAAAGGAACGACACUCGCCAGUUGAAAAAAGUCCAGAUUUAACACCAUUCACUUUUCCUGGUCGUAUUCCCGUAGAAAACUUGCGGUCCAGCAACGUUUCAUGUACAUCAGGUUGUGAUCCUUCCUCCUUAGAAGUGACUAAUCACUCUGCUGUCCCACUUGUGUCCGAGUCUGCACUAAAAAACAACUUCGGCUACAUAGCGACAUUCAAGAUAGUCCAUUAUCGAUUAGAGGCUACUCAGAACCAUUCUGAAUCGACUCACAGUGGUCCGUUACAAUUGUCUCAGAUGGCUCAUGACACUUGCUCCCUCUCUGCAUCCAUCACUGAGACGAGUUCCACUUUUACAACGGUCCAGCCCUGUAUGAUGCCAACCUCCUCGGGACACCAGCUAUCUUUGGCCGAAUCUUCUUUACGACACAUACAAUAUGAACCUGUCGACAUCUCCAAAAACAGAUUUCCUAUAAAGAAGAGCCAGAAUAGUUUUCCUAAACAGCUAAUAGCUUUACACCAGAUUAGGAACUACGCUUCCAUGCCUACAAGAGAACGUCCCAAUGCUUUGAAAGAAAAUAUUUAACAGUAGCUGCUUGUUCAUAUCAUAUUUGGUUAACGACUUGAUAGCUAAGACACAACGUACACUAAGACGAAAUGGUAGACUGGACACAAGAAAGGAGUGCAAGAGAGAUAACAUUUCUUCCAUAGUUGAACUGAAUGCCCGCUGGUAGCUUAGCGAUAAGUCUAAAAGACUUAUAACGCUAAACUUCAGGGUUCCAUACCCAUGGUGGACACAGUGCAAAUAUCCCAUUGUGUGUGUAUCUUUGCACUUUAAAUCCAACAAACAACUGUAAAUAUAUGUUUUCGGCUGCCUUUUUCAAAACCUUUCUCGUAAUGACAGUCGAAAGACUAGAAAUACUUACAAAAGUUGUCGUUAGGAUUAUUGUGAUAUUGGAACAACUGAAAAUUGGGAAGAAUUUAAUUGUUGUUUUUUUUGUGUCUUUUAAUUAAUAAUAACUGAUAUGUGCAUAAUAUAACAAAGAACGUGAACCUUUCUCUGCUCAACAAACUUCUGUUUUUGUUUAUUGGCUUUCUUUGUAGUGCUUAAGUCUUUAACGUGCAGUUAAUGUCAGAAAUGUCGACUAGUGUUCACCCCUUACAUUUGAUGAGGUUUUGACAGCCACAGGCAGAUAUUCUUCAGCUAAGUCUUAUAUUCUAUUGCAACUGAAAAGUCUUACGGCAAAGCCAAGGUUUUCAUAAACAUCUGCUUCAAAUUAGAUGCAUGUUUUAUAUUCCAGUGACUCUGUUUAUAAUUAUAACUGAAAUAGACGUCAUUUCAUAUUAUUUGUCUAUUCUCUUUUCUCUUGUUACAUAUAAUUUAGACAGUCAUAACUGACUGUUAUUUGUAUAUUUACACUUUUUCAACAAUGAAUGUGUAAACAUAAGUCAUGAUUCACAAUAAGUUUUCUCAUACAACAUGUGUCUAGACUUAGAAAAGGUGUAUUGUGUUUUUCACUGAAAUAAAACAAUGUGUGUGUGUGUGUGUUAGCUGAAAAUUUAAAUUAUUAGAGAUAAAAUAAUAUUAUCCUAUUGCCUGAUAUUGUUGCAAUUUUUUUGCGUUGAAAGGACAGCGUCCCGUGUUUAGAUUAUCUGUUAACCCAUAUGUUUAACUCUUCUCUAAUAUCCAUUCCCAAAAAUAUCCGUGAGCGAUAAAACUUCAACUAAUGACAGCGCCCAUAAAAACAGUGACUUAAUUUAUAUAUAUGUUUAACUCUCAUUAAUUUCAAAUAAGGGCAUUGUACAAAACCAACUGACAAAAAAUUUGCCAGUUCUAUAACGUAUCUAACUUAUAAUAUUUGUAUUUCAUCUGUAUUCCGGUUACCUAAACGAUUGUCAUGCCCCGUGUAAAACACCGACAGAUGCCAGUACAUAAAGCAUGGAGAUGUUCCAGGUAUCGGGAUUUAGGUCUUGUAGACAUGGGAGGGUCAGGUUCAAAUUGACCUGUUCCUCCCUCCUGUACUAUCUUGAUUUGUAUUGUUCUUAUUGACUUUAUGACUAUUGUAUUUUGUGUUUUCAUUUUUGUUUGCUUAUUUAUUGUCUUCUUCUCAGAGCCAUGUCCAUGUAUUUUAUCUAAUUUCUGUUGUGUCUUGUGUUGUAGAGCUCAUGAACUGUUUUAUUAUGUACGGGGUUAUUGGUAUAUGGCGAUAUUUAUGAUUAGUGUGAUGCAGUCUUCUUGAGAGUUUUGAUAUUGUGUAAUAAAAUCAUAAAA